AUGUCUAUUGAGACAUUACCCGUAGAAUUAUUCCAUUGUAUUUUGGAUAAUCUUGACACAGAAACAAUCGUUUUCUCAAUUCGACAUGUAUGUCGAUUAUUUCGAUCGUUUGUUAAAACUUAUGAUCGAUAUAUUGUGAAUUUAACUUUGAUUUCAAAACGAAAUUAUUAUCUUCUUUGUCGAUUAAUCAAUCCACAUCAUGUUAUAUCAUUGAAACUUGCAAACGAAGAACGAACAACAAAUCAAAUAGAUUUGUUUAUUUCACUUGUUCGUCUUCGUCAAUUUACUCGACUUCAUUCAAUAACUCUUCUUAAUAUUAAGGAAUAUCAAUUAAAUUUUAUUUUGAAACGAAUUAAUCUUAAUUUACUUACUGCAUUUUCGUUCAAUAUUAACAGAUACGAUGAUAGACGUAUCAAAACAACAAAUAAAUACCUUAGAUUAAUCGUCUCUCAAUUGAAUUUUCGAAAAAUGGAAUUUAAUUUAAAUACUGAGAGAUUAUCGAAAUUUUCAUGGCCAUAUAAUUGUUCAAUUCAAUAUUUAGUUGUAAAUGAAAAUAUAACUAUGGAUAAUCUUUCGAUUAUAUUUCAAUGUUCUCCUCAUUUGCACAAAAUUAUUUUGAAACAGAAGCUUGAAGAAAACAUCGUCACAAAUAUAUCAUUAAAAUCUACGCCUCAAAUAUAUUUUCCACAGUUGACAUCAUUAACUAUGGAGAAACUUCCUAUAACCAUCGCCAUAUUGGAAUCAUUUCUUUCAUUGACACCAUCACUUGUAUAUUUAAAACUCAUUGGUGAACAUUUUAUGUUUGAUGGAAAACGAUGGGAACAAUUUAUUGAAAUAAAUCUACUUAAUUUAGAUAAAUUUGAAUUUUAUCUUGAUUAUUGGAGUUUAGAGAAGAAAACUUCAGCAGAUCUUGAGUUAAUUAUUGCAUCUUUUCGAACUCCAUUUUGGAUUGAACACAAAAAAUGGUUUGUUACUUGUGCAUGGAAUGAUUUAUUAAAUCAUGCUGAACCAGGAAAAGUUUUACUUGAUGAAUCGAAAUUUCGUUUACAUUCAAUUGAUACAAAAAUUAAUAAUGAAAAUAAUUCAAUUCAACUUGUUCUUAAUUUAGGUUUAACUGAUUAUAAAUUAUUUAUUUGUACUCAACAACAAGAUAUACCACAAGAAAUUCGUCAAUAUAUAACAGAAGAUCAUUUAGCACAUCCUCUUGGUGUUACAUAUAUUCUUAUAACAUCUGAUAAUUAUCUUGUUUCAAUUAAACGAAGUUCUACUUGUGCUGAUCUACCAAAUACGUAUGAAUUACCUGGCGAUCAUGCUGAACCAAAGAAUUUGAAAACAUAUACUAAUGAAAAUAUCGUUAAAGAAAUUAUCUCAUCAACUAUUGAUGAAUGUAUUAAUGAAACAAAUGUUGAUAGAAAUAGUCCUCUUAUUGAUUCUGAUUUUUAUAUUGUUGUUCUUAUGCGAAGUCAAAAACAUUAUGGUCGACCAGCUUUUGAAUUUUGUCUUAGAACAAUAAUGACAUUAAGUGAGUUAGAACAACGUUAUAAUUUACAAACACAAAAUGAAGCAUAUGAAACAAAUGAAUUAAAAUCUUGGUCUAUCGCUCAAAUUUUUGAUCUUUUAAGUUUCUCGAAUAUAUCAGUACCAAUUAAUCCAGCUGGUCAUGCUGCUUUAAUUGCAUAG